CGACAAUGCUUAACACAAAGCUUGCAAUGCCAUGCGAAUUGCGAUUACUCAGAGGCAUAUUUUUCAUGUUUUUCUUAUACAGCAAGAGGUAGAUCAUAGAUGCAACGAGCGUGAAGCUUCCCUAUGAGAAACUGCUAAAAAUUGGAAAUUAACACAUUAUAUUUUGAAUCAAAAUCAUUAAUUUAGCUCAACCAGCUCAAAAUGGCUUCCUCCACAACCCAAAACCUGACAAAAGUGGUGAAGUUCGAUACAGAGGAAGAUGUAGCCGUGGCCCUAGCUGAGUACACCGCCAAUCUUUCUAAAAAGUUCAUCAAAGAAAAGGGUUCGUUCUCCGUCGUCAUCUCCGGAGGAACCCUAAUCGAUACACUCAGGAAGCUUGUAGAGUCUCCAUACAAGGAAUCUGUGGAAUGGUCCAAAUGGCUGAUAUUUUGGGUUGAUGAGAGAGUUGUUCCCCUGGAUCAUGAAGACAGCAAUUACUUGCUAGCCUCGAGAGGUUUUCUUUCCAAGGUACCCAUUCCCCCUAACAACAUCUUCGCCAUAAACAGCAAGAAGUCUCCGGAAGGUGCAGCUGAGGACUACGAAAACCUCCUCAAACAGCUCGUAUCUCAGAAAAAAUUGCCCACUUCAAAAAUAACCGGGUUCCCAAAAUUCGACCUAAUGCUACUUGGAAUGGGGCCCGAUGGCCACGUGGCAUCUCUUUUCCCGAACCAUCCUCAACGCCACGAAAAGUCAAAAUGGGUCACGUUCAUAACCGACUCGCCCAAACCGCCCCCUCCAAGGAUCACUUUCACGUUUCCAGUUAUAAACUCUGCCUCCGAAAUCGCCAUGGUGGUCACCGGCGCUGAGCUGGCAGGUACGGUUAAGACAGCAUUAUGUGCUGAGCUGGCAGGUGCCUCCGAAAUCCCUCUGCCGAGUAUGGAAGUUUCACCCGAAGGGCAAUUAACGUGGUUUUUGGAUCGAGAUGCUGCUUCGCAGAUGUAAAUAUCUGUCAAGACUUAACAUGAAUAAUUCUGCUAUUCAAUAAAGGAAAAGAUUAAAAAAGGAAAAAAAAAAUGAUUUGUAGAUGAAAGGUUGAAGGUGAAAAAGUUUGUUGUUUAAAGUUGUGGAAGUGAUUUUUUGUUUGUGGAAAUAAAAUCAGAAACAGAAGUUUUCUUUCUGUUUGCAGAUUUGUUGCCCUUUUGCUUUAAGUCUGAUUACAUUAACUAAAGGGUGACUGAUUUUGAAUGAGAUCUUGGAUUUUCAGACAAGAGCAUAUGUUAUUGCUUAAUUGUCUCUAUAUAUGUGCUUUUUUCUUUUUGCUUUUUCAUUUUGGACAGCNUUGAAAGCA